AUGGCAAGAGAGUUUAAUCAACAAGUAGAGGUUCAACAUCAGCCAGCUCAUGCUGAUUCGGCAGUCGAUCAUUCUGUUGCAGAUGCGAGUGCUGGAGACGCAAAUACUACUGUUAAUCGAUCGAUAAAUGAUCCUAACAGUCCUUAUUAUCUUCACUAUGGCGACAAUACAGGUAUGCAGCUCAUAUCUAUCAUGUUGUCUGAGGAUAAUUACACCACAUGGAGUCGUGCAGUUAUCAUAGCUCUCAGUGUCAAAAAUAAGGAAGGUUUUAUUGAUGGAUCCAUUGUUAAACCUGCCGAGAAUGACCUGCUUUAUGGUGCUUGGAGGCGAUGCAAUCAUGACAAUAACUCCAUCAAUUCUUACUUCAAUCGGUUUAAAGGUCUAUGGGAAGAAUUAGACAAUUAUAGGCCGGAAGUAAGUAGUGCAGACUACAAAGCUGAAGAUCGAGUUAUGCAAUUCCUAAUGGGUCUAGAUGAUCGAUUUUCCAGUGUGAGAAGCCAAAUUUUAUUAAUGGACCCACUACCUUCACUGAACAAGGUGUUUGCCUUGGUCUUACAAGAUGAAAGGCAGAAAGGAAUUGUUGCUAAGAAACAACAGAGUUUUGAUAUAGCAGCUUUUGCCAACAAGGCUGUGUCUAGUUCAUAUGGAAAUCAGAGACACAAUGUAUCCAAUCAAACUCAAAGGAAAGAAAUGCCUAUAUGCACUUAUUGUGGAAUGUUAGGCCAUCUCAGAGGGGAAUGUUACAAAUUGAUUGGAUACUCCCCUGGACAUAGGCUUGCCAAAGGGAAAUCUUCAGUUGCUAAUGCUGUAGUCAGGCUUCCCAGGCAAAUAAUUCAGAGCUGA